ACAUGCACCAAUCCCAUGUAUAUAAGACAAUAAAGUAAUGUUUGAUAAAAAUUCACGAACUAAUUAACAAACGAAGAGAGAUGGCGAGUAGUAGUUCGUCGAGUUAUGGGAUUGAGCAACUUCAAAAAGAAUGUUACUAUGAGUGGGUGAGUUUACAAGCAAAACACAUAGUUGAUCUCAAAGAAGCACUCAUGAGGCAAAGAUCAAACGCCUACAAUUAUCACAAACUCGAAGAGCUCGUUGGUAAAAUCGUCAACGACUUCCAAAGCUAUGCCAAAAGACGAUCGGAGCUGACAGACAAAAGCUGCUCUAGCUACUUUGCACCGUCGUGGAACUCAUCUCUAGAGAAUGGUCUUCUAUGGAUGGGAGGAUGUCGUCCUUCAUCUUUCGUUAGAGUUAUAUACGCUCUAUGUGGAUCUUGUGCUGAAGCUCAUCUUUCUCGGUAUCUCCUCCAGAUGGAUGAAAACAUCGAUGAUGGGCAUGAUGGUGAUAGUUCCAUGAGUGAUCUCACCGCGACUCAGCUUGAGAAAAUCAAUGACUUACAUGUAAAGGUCAUAAGGGAAGAAGAUGAGAUAACCAAGAAAUGUGCGAAUUUGCAAGAGGAUGUUGCGGAUAUGCCAAUCGCCGUCACGGCUUUCGGGAGGGACUCCGUUGACGCUGAUGCGGCGGUUGAAAAUGCUUUAGAUAAGCAUGAAGAGUGCAUGGGGGUUUUAAUGGCGGAGGCUGAUAAGGUGAGGCUAGAGACGGUUAGGAGGAUUGUGGAGGUUUUGACUCCGGUUCAAGCGGCGUACAAUUUUGAAACUUCGAGCCCUAUCAAACAAAUCAUAGGGCUCGAAGUUUCAAAAGAUGACAUGUACAAUUCCGGAAUGAAGUAA